UGUAUACUUUUAAAACUUCUUUUUUCUCCUCCUUUUCUUCACUUGCAGAGAGCAAAAAUCCUCGUCGGUUGUCCUCAAAGCUCUGAUCUAGCUCGUUAAUGUGAUAAGACCCACCACCGUUUUUCAUUCUCUCUCUCUAAAACUCCUAAUUUUUCCGAGAAAAAAGUGGAGGAGAGGUGAUAACAAUACAAUUUCAGACGAGAGUUUUGGCUUUUCUUUUUUUCCGCCAUGAAAUUCAAUUCUCAGAUCCAUGGGAGGCCACCUUGUAUUUCUCUGUAAUACCCAUCGUCAUUCUCUGUUUGGUUUCGCCAAUGCCCAGAAUCGUUUGCUCUCAGUCAAACCCUAGCGGAUCCAUGCCCUUCUAGAACAACCCCACCAGAACCUGAAAACAUUUGACCCAUCUGUGUUUUUAUUGGAAUUUCAGCCGUCCGAUCAAGACCCACCUCGCCAAAUGAAGGGGAAGAGCCGUUUGUUUACGAUCGGUCUGGUUACCUCGUGGUACUCCUCCAACAUUGGGGUACUCCUGCUCAACAAGUACUUGCUUAGCAACUAUGGCUUUAAGUAUCCGAUCUUCCUUACCAUGUGCCACAUGACCGCUUGUUCACUGCUCAGCUACAUCGCCAUAGCGUGGAUGAAGAUGGUCCCUAUGCAGACCAUACGAUCUUGGGUCCAAUUGAUGAAGAUCUCGGCGCUCAGCUUCGUCUUCUGCAUUUCGGUUGUGUUUGGGAACAUUUCGCUUCGGUAUUUGCCCGUGUCUUUCAACCAGGCUAUUGGGGCUACCACGCCUUUCUUCACAGCGGUCUUUGCCUACCUUAUGACCUUUAGGAGGGAGGCUUGGCUCACCUAUCUGACUCUCGUUCCUGUUGUUACCGGAGUCAUAAUCGCAAGUGGGGGUGAACCAAGUUUCCAUCUAUUUGGAUUCAUAAUUUGUGUAGCAGCUACAGCUGCAAGAGCACUCAAGUCGGUUCUUCAAGGAAUUUUGCUUUCUUCUGAAGGGGAAAAGCUAAAUUCUAUGAACCUCCUCCUGUACAUGGCUCCAAUAGCUGUUAUCUUUCUACUUCCUGCAACACUUAUUAUGGAGGACAAUGUAGUUGGUAUAACACUAGCUCUUGCAAGAGAUGAUGUCAAGAUCAUAUGGUAUCUACUGUUCAAUUCAGCAUUAGCAUAUUUUGUGAAUCUGACCAACUUUUUGGUCACAAAACACACCAGUGCUUUGACUCUCCAGGUGCUAGGAAACGCAAAAGGGGCUGUAGCAGUGGUGGUUUCAAUUUUAAUUUUCAGAAAUCCAGUUUCUGUGACUGGAAUGAUGGGUUACUCUCUUACAGUCAUGGGAGUUAUCCUAUACAGUGAAGCCAAGAAAAGAAGUAAAUGAUACAUCACCCUGGGAAAGCAGUAAAUUGGAUUUCCCAACAUUUUGUUUUUCCUUGAUGCAAGGAAAGCGGCAGCCUACCUGGACGGAUCCUGGAGGCAAGUUUAGUUCCACAUGUUAUCUUUUGGUAUCAGGCUUUUCUUUUUUCCCUCUACAUUCUAUUUUUUCAUCUGGAAACCUCGGAGAGAGUGUUUUCAACUUGUAUCAGCAACAGCGCAGGAUUUAGUCAUAGGAAGAAAUUUAAUAAGUGACACUCGUGUCUCUGUUAUUCCCAGCUUAGGGUUAUGGAGGAAUAUGUUCUUUAUCUUUUAUUCUUUUGGCAUAGGGUUGUAGAAUUGGUCUCCACAGUCACUCUGUUAUUAAAAUUUCUUAUAUUGAUUAAUUAAUGAAGAAAACAAUUAUAAUUUUGCCA